AUGGCCUACAACAGCCAUCAGCCGCCCGGGUACGGCUCGCCUUUUGCUUUCUCUCAUCCGCGCCCUCAGCAAUCUGCGCCCGGCACACAGUCUGAUGGGCACCAAGGCCACUCGCACGUCCAGCAUGCUCCUGCCCCCAAUGUCUUUCCAAGCAUCCCAGGGCUGCAACAGCCACCUCCUGCUCUUCCUGGCUUCAACUUUGCUUCCUACAGCCAGAACAACCAGCAGCAGCUUCAAUAUCCCCCAGCCGGCGCGUGGCCACAACAGUUACCCCCAGAUCCCCAAACCUGGAUGUCCAUGUUCCAGCAGCACGGCAUGUUCCCGCCUCCGCCGAUGCCUGGUGUAGCUGGGCCUCUACCGUCGCUUCCACAGGCACCGCAGCAUCACACAAUGCCCAUGAGAUUCCCGCCCCCCCCACCCCCACCACAAUCUUAUCCGCAGCCAACCAUGCCUGCAGGGGGUCGCAUACAAGAGGUCACGGACAGCGACAGGGAGGAUGGCGAGCUGAGCGAGAGUAACGGUGCCUCGCGAGUCCCAUCCACUGGCAAAGCGCCCAUGGGAACUCCACGCUCUAUGCCCCAGGUCACGUCGGCUGCGCGUCGUGUGGAGGAGGCUUACAAUCCUGAUCGCCCAGCAGUGGGGCAGACACCUUCUAAGCCAUCUGCCGCUGCGAAUUCUCGGCCUAAGACUCCACCGAGCCUGGAGAAGAAGGUACAGAAGGACCGAGAGGAAGCUAAGCAGUUCAUAAAGACCCUAAACAGCAGCGGCAUUGGUUAUCGCGUACUUGCACAAGAGCCAUUAGAUGCCGAGCUCCUUCGAGGAUUGUACCAAAGUCUAAAUCUUCCGUCUGAACCUGCGCAGAUUGCCCUUCCAAACGGCAACGCGAAUGCGACAGCUAAGUCUGCUGCUGAACACCUCUCGAACCAGUCGAAUCAACCAGUCGACAACAGCAAGCCCAAGCAGGCCGUUCCGGUGGUCAAGACCAAUGCAGUCUCCUCGAUGGCCAGCAAGGCGGCAGCGUCACCCGUUACGCGAGGCGAUCGUACAGAUUAUAUUGCGCGUCUGCAGGCCGCUAGGAUGGCCAAGCAAGCAGCUGAAGCAAAACCUAGCACGCCCCAGCAGACUUCUCAAGCCAAUUCUACCAGUAAAUCUGCUACCACUGUGCCAGCCGUCCAGGCGUCACAGGCCACGCCAACGCCUGCUGUAAAGACGUCUAUAACCGAUGAACAACGUCGAGCACGAACCACUGAACUAGUAAAGCAACGCUUGAAAGAGCUAAAGGGGCAGCCAAAGUCAGCACCACCUGUCAAGGAAAAUACAGUCUCAGAGCCUCUCACAAAAGAGACUGUUCAGCCUCCUAGUGCGCCAACUCAAAACACAAUUCCUGCCACAGCCACCUCGGACACUCGGGCUAACCGUGCCCCCAUAACUGCAUUUCCGGGCAUACCAGGGCUUUUCAUGAACAAUCAGCAACAGCAUGUUAGGGAGACCUCGACUCCUGUCCGCCCGACAUCUUCGAUACCACAAAAGCGGUCAGCCCCUUCGGACUCUACUGGAGCAUCUACACCUCACAGUUGUGUCACUCCCUAUUCUCGGCCACUGGGCCAAUCUCCGCAUGCCCCUCAUGACGAAGGAGAGUCCAUGAUCAUCCAAGUCAGUGAUGAUGAAUCCAAUGGUAGUGACAUGGAUCUUGAUGACGACGAGCCAGGGCAGAAGCUUUCCUCUGGUAGCAUAGCUAUUACUCAAAACAGGUCUCAAGAUGUCGGUACUCCAUCUAGUUUACCUCCUCGUCCAGGCUCUGCUAAGCCCGCUUCGUCCACUUUUAAUACGUCCGGUCCUCAAACGCCGUCUACGCAGGCACGAGAGAAGGAGCUGGAGAACAAAGAAAAGCAGCUUGCAGCCAUGCGGUUGACUCUCAAAAAGAAGCUGGCCGAGAAACGUGAAAAAGAUAGGGCUGCAGCUGCCGCCGCUGUCGCCGCCACUACUGUGACGACAUCAUCACCACUCCGUCAACAAUCUUCCACUUCUGGGCCACAUCCUGAAGAAGGUGUAGUCCAGAAGUCAUCGUACAUGGCCAUUGAUUCUGGAGGAUCUCCAGCUAAGGCAACACGCGCCAUCGCCGACUCUGGUAGGGAUCACAAACAUCAGAGGCGCGCUGAGCUACAGUCUCAGCUGCCUACUCUCGAUGCGGAGAUUGCAAACAACGCAAGCCGAAUGGCUCGCCUUACCGAAGAAAUGAACAAGCUUGUGGCCGAAAACGAGAAGAUCACCAAGGCCAAAGCACAACUCACUCGCGAGCUUGAAGAUCUAGGAAUAGAUACUGAGGGGAUGUCCCAUGCGCAGCUAAAAGCUAAGAAAGACGAAAUCGAGCGCGAAAAUUCUCCUGAGAAGGAGGCUUCGUCCCAGGAGGCGACUAUGGCAUCUAAUUCCUCUGGCGAGUCGCAAACUGCUUCGACGACGGAACCAGCUGUUGCGGCGGCUCCGGGACCGUCGCCGCCUGAAUUAUCCACUAAUUCUAAUACCUUCCCAAAUUUCACUGGUCUCCCUGGCCUUGGUCCUCCCACGCCGCUCCUGCCAAAGGCUAUGCCUGAAGAACCUCCCAAAUCCAAAUCACCCAUUUUGCCCGACGACGCCGUAAAUUUGCGUGGGCCGCAAUCCGAGAAUCAAUCCCAGAAUCUGGAUUCCAACAAGGCCGAGCCUACCCGACCCGAAGAUAUCGUCGCUGUCGAACGUGGCUCAGCCACUCCACUUGAUGACGAGGAAGAUUUCUAUAGUCCUCCCCCUCCAGAUGAAAUGGAUCUUGAUAUCGAAAGGACUGCUGAAGCAGCCCCGCAGAUUCCGGUGGACCCUACUGCCAGUGAUCCAAUAUCUCCCUCUGAGGAAGGAGAAGUUGAGAUGUCUGAAUCAGUAGAUGAAGCUCAAGAUGAAGAGGAUUAUGAGCCAGGAGAACCUGCGAUCGAAACGAAAACAGCAUUGCAAGUUACAGAUGCUUCUGGCAUAGACGCUGGGCGCUCUUUGGUCACAUCUCAAGAUUCUACUGAAGAUGAGGAAGACUAUGAGCCUCCAGAUAUCGAUCGGGAGAUGCCUGAAGUUGACAAGAGCAUUGCCACUGCUGGGUCUGGUAACACAAUGCCCCCCGCUGAAGGAGACGAUGAUGAAAUGGACAUGUCGACAUCGUUGGAAGAGUCAAGUAACUCGAAUUCGGAUUUGGAUGAAGAGAUUACUUCCGAACCUGACUCCAUAUUAGGGCCCAACGUGUCGCCUCCGCCUACCGGCAACGCUGGUACUCUAGCGCGUGGAUGGCAGGUCACAGAUGCAGCUGAUACCUACGCUGUAGACUCUGUGGCACCGGUAGAGGAUAAAGAUGAAGCAGUUAGAUUCACUCCGUACGAGAGCCCUCUUCGAAUGUUCAAAUCGUAUCGGUACCAUCCUAGAUACGCUAGCGAAGUAUCAGGUGGCUUCUUGUCUUGGACUUUUAGCCAUCAAAUUGACCCACAGAAACUCUUGUGCCAGUACGAGUCUGCGGGUGGGUCCUGCAACGACUCGACUUGUACCGAUCAGCACUUCCGAGACAUUAGUAUUACUGGUGAGAAAUUGCUCGUCCAACUGGGCACAGCGAACCCCGGUGAGACGGCCGAGGAGAGGCAGAGGUGGAACGACGGUCUGCGCGGUGUUCUUAAAGAGCUCCGUGUAAAGAACAUCAAGGAUCCCAAUGGCAUUGCUGCGGAGAUUGCAAAGUACCGCCGCCACUUUCUCAACGACGAAACUCGAGUCGUCAGCCUGCCGCCGGCUGGACAGUAG